GCUGAGCUGCAGACGGCGCUGGGCGAACCCCGCUGAGGUUCUGGGGGUGAGAUCACCAGGGAGGGUUGACCUGCGCACCUGUUCCCCAGGAGAACUUCUUGGGGUGAUUUUCUCUCCCUCUUCUUUUUGAAAUCAGCUUCCAUUAUUUCUUCCUUUUCCAGCAAAAUAUAAAAACAGAGGGAAAAAAACACAACAGCAAUGUCGGAGCGCAGCAGGAAUUCAGAUCAAGAAGAGCUGGGCCAGCUGGACGAGGAGGAGCUCCUGGCCAACCUGUCCCCCGAAGAGCUGAGGGAACUGCAGUCGGAGAUGGAAGCCAUGGCCCCGGACCCCCACCUUCCCGUGGGAAUGAUCCAGAAGGACCAAACGGACAAGCCGCCCACAGGGACCUUCGACCACCGGUCCCUGGUGGACUACAUGUACUGGCAGAAGGCGUCCAGGCGCAUGCUGGAGGACGAGCGCGUGCCCCUCACCUUCGUGCGAUCCGAGGAAAACACUCAAGGACAGCAGGAAGAAAGAAACCAAGGAAAUAAAAAUGUGUCCCACUUCCUAAAAGAAAAGCUCAAUAGUGAAAUAUCUGCGAAUAAAAGAGAAUCAGAUGGCCGCAGCAAGGUGCAAGAAGCUAAUGAUGAAGAUGAGGAAGAGGAAGAGGAAGAUGAGGAGGAGGAAGAUGAGGAGGAGGAAGAUGAGGAGGAGGAAGACGAGGAGGAAGACAACGGUGAACAGAGAGAACCAUCGGCAAGAGGCACAAGAGAAGCUCAGCAACCAGUCAGAAACGGAGAGGCCAGCGGCCCCCGCAUGGCUGCCAAGGCUCCCGAGGAACAGCGAGGACAACCCGCAGCCCAGGAGAAAAGUGAGAAGAAAGUGUCAAAGCUGGAUCCCAAGAAGCUGGCCCUGGACACCAGUUUCCUGAAGGUCAGCGCGAGGCCCUCGGGGAACCAGACGGACCUGGACGGGAGCCUGAGGCGCGUGCGACAGAACGACCCUGAGGUGAAGGAGCUGAACCUCAACAACAUCGAGAACAUCCCCAAGGAGAUGCUGCUGGACUUCGUCAACGCCAUGAAGAAGAACAAGCACGUGAGGACGCUCAGCCUGGCCAACGUGGGCGCCGACGAGAGCGUGGCCUUCGCGCUGGCCAACAUGCUGCGGGAGAACAGGAGCGUCCGCACGCUCAACAUCGAGUCCAACUUCGUCACCGGGAAGGGCAUCGUGGCCAUCAUGCGGUGUCUGCAGUUCAACGAGACGCUCACCGAGCUGCGCUUCCACAACCAGCGCCACAUGCUGGGCCACCACGCGGAGAUGGAGAUCGCCCGGCUCCUCAAGGCCAACCACACGCUGCUCAAGCUGGGCUACCACUUUGAGCUCCCGGGUCCCAGAAUGGUGGUCACGAAUCUGCUCACCAGGAAUCAGGACAAACAGAGGCAGAAAAGGCAGGAAGAACAGAAGCAACAGCAGCUCAAAGAGCAGAGGAAGCUCAUCGCCAUGCUGGAGAACGGCCUGGGGCUGCCCCCGGGGGCGUGGGAGAUGCUGGGGGGGCCCAUGCCCGACCCCAGAAUGCAGGGGUUCCUCCAGCCCCCUCCCGGGCCUCCCGGCCCCCACGGCCCCCACGCCGUCCCCUUCGGCCACAGAAACGAGUCAGCCAAAAAGCCGUCCCAGCCUCCGCAGUACAGGACAGACCCCGACUCCUUCCGCGUGGUGAAGCUGAAGAGGAUCCAACGCAAAUCCCGCAUGCCCGAGGCCAGGGAGCCGCCUGAGAAAACCAACCUCAAAGAUGUGAUCAAGACACUCAAACCCGUGCCGAGAAACAGGCCACCCCCCCUGGUGGAGAUCACGCCCAGAGACCAGCUCUUGAAUGACAUCCGCCACAGCAACGUCGCUUACCUUAAACCCGUGCAACUGCCAAAAGAACUGGCAUAAGUGGCGACAGAAUGAUCUAGAAGAACCAGAGAACGAAGCAAUGACUGUUGGGUUUGAGCUGCGGGCUGUUUCGGCAGCUCUGCUGGGAGCGGAUCCUCCGAACACCUGGGGUCCGUCUAAGAGGCAGAAAGGUCGGGCAAGGGCAGAAGAGGAAGGUGGACUGAGAAAAAAUCUAAUAUCCAUAGGCCACGUUUUCUACUGCCAAUCAAGCUGAGUGAUUUGGGUGAGAUUUGGGAGUCAUGCUUCCAGAAGCAGCAGUUUGAAACAUUUGUGCAAACAUUUGCUUUCUUCUGGUAAAUAACAAUAAAUACGAUGGCGCUGUUGA